AUAAAUAAAUAAGCAACAACAUCUCCUCAGGGUCAGAUUAAAAUACGAGGAGAAAAACAAAAUAUGCAGCAAAACUUCUUGUUCCAUUCCCCUGGACUUCAUGAUAUCUCAGGUAAACUGCAGACGCUGUUGAUCCGUCCUGGAGAGAAAAAAAAAAAAACUCCAAGCACAAAUCUAAAGUCGAGCUUCAGGGAGAUACACCGCCUACUUGGACCAGAGUUACGCAUUGAACAGCUCCCCAUGCACACGCUGAAGCAAGGCAAGCAGAGGAAUUUCAGGGUGCAGAAAGGACCGCUCCUCUCCCUCUCCCUCUCUCUCUCUCUCUCUCUCUCUCUCUCUCUCUCUUUCUCUCUCCCUCCUCUCUCUUUUUCUCUCUGCAUCCGAUUUUCCUCUCAUCUCGCCACUGCUCUGUGCUGAGAAAAGGGGGGAGGUGAGGACGGGUAGGUAGGAAGGUGGUCUUGCAGUCGACGAGCGAAAAAAGGGAACAUGAGUUUGCUGAGGAGUAUCUGCAGCGAGAGGGGAAAAAACCUUUGCACAGGAGCCCUGCGGAUCGGUAAAGAAGGGACGAAUGACCACUCUCUGCUCGGAGUCCGCCGCUUCAAUUGUUUAACUUGUUGAUGCAACGUUACAGCAGUUCUCCCUUUUUUUUCUUCUUCUUCUUUUUACCCCCUCCUCUUCUCUUCAAUCGUCUGGCUGCAGUGGGCAAUAGAUGGCUGGCGGGAUUGCAAAUAUUCUCUUCCGAGGAUUAGUGUUUUAUUGACUUCACCGCGGACGCAGAUUAAUGAUGGAGCUUCUCUAUGAUGCAAUCUAUCUCUGAGCCCGUAGCACUGUGACAAGCGGAAAAGGGUCGUUUCAAAAAAAAAAAAACAAAAAAAAAAAAACACACACACACCCCAAAAAAAUCCCACUACAGGUCAGCAUGGCAGCAGGUGUAGCGGCAUGGCUUCCCUUCGCCAGAGCGGCGGCCAUCGGGUGGAUGCCMGUGGCGAGCACCCCGAUGCCCAUUCCUCCCCAGGACAAGAGGAAAGCCCAGGACGGACUCAUCAUCCUCAACGUGAGCGGCACCAAGUUCCAGACGUGGCGGACCACGCUGGAGAGGUACCCGGACACGUUGCUGGGGAGCACCGAGAGGGACUUCUUCUUCCACGAGGAGACCAGCGAGUACUUUUUCGACCGCGACCCCGACAUCUUCAGGCACAUCCUCAAUUUCUACCGCACGGGCAAGCUGCACUACCCGCGCCAGGAGUGCAUAUCGGCGUACGACGAGGAGCUCGCCUUCUUCGGCAUCAUCCCCGAGAUCAUCGGGGACUGCUGCUACGAGGAGUACAAGGACCGGAGGCGCGAGAACGCGGAGCGGCUCCAGGACGACGAGGAGAUGGACAUGAACAACGACGUCGCGCCGGUGAAUCUGACGUUCCGGGAGUAUCUGUGGCGGGCUUUUGAAAACCCGCACACCAGCACCCUGGCGCUGGUGUUCUACUAUGUGACGGGCUUCUUCAUCGCCAUCUCGGUGAUGGCCAACGUGGUGGAGACGGUGCCGUGCGGAACUCUGCCCAACAGGUCCAAGGAGAUGUCCUGCGGGGACCGCUACGCGCUCGCCUUCUUCUGCUUGGACACGGCGUGCGUCAUGAUAUUCACGGUCGAGUACCUGCUCCGCCUGAUCGCCGCCCCCAGCCGCUGCAAGUUCAUGAAGAGCGUGAUGAGCGUCAUCGACGUGGUGGCGAUCAUGCCGUACUACAUCGGCCUGGUCAUGACCGACAACGACCAGGUGAGCGGGGCGUUCGUCACGCUGAGGGUCUUCCGCGUCUUUCGGAUUUUCAAGUUUUCCCGGCACUCCGCGGGGCUGCGCAUCCUGGGCUACACCCUGAAGAGCUGCGCCUCCGAGCUGGGCUUCCUCCUCUUCUCCCUCACCAUGGCCAUCAUUAUAUUCGCCACGGUCAUGUUUUAUGCAGAGAAAGGCUCCACAGCAACCAAGUUCACCAGCAUCCCCGCAGCCUUUUGGUACACCAUCGUCACCAUGACAACACUGGGGUACGGUGACAUGGUGCCAAAGACGAUUGUGGGGAAGGUGUUUGGGUCCAUAUGCUCUCUGAGUGGGGUGCUGGUCAUCGCACUGCCUGUCCCUGUGAUAGUGUCAAACUUCAGCCGUAUUUACCACCAAAGCCAGCGGGCAGAGAAACGACGAGCCCAGAGGAAAACUCGCCUCGCUAGAAUCCGUGCUGCCAAGAUUCGGGGCACUAACGCCUAUAUGCGCUACAAACAAAACGGGCUCCUGAUCGACGCGCUGGAGGAGGCCUCUAAGGAAGCAGGACAAGCCCUGGUUGGAAAGGCGGCCAGCCCUCCGUUUGAGAGCCAACAUCAUCACUUGCUGCACUGCUUGGAGAAGACGACGAAUCACGAGUUUGUGGACGAGCAGACGUUCCAGGCCAACUGCAUGGAGAUCUCGGUGGUGAACAAGUCGGGCUCGCGCACCUCCUCGCUGUCCUCGUCUCCGCACGGCCUCAGCUCCUGCUGCUCGCGGCGCCACAGGAAGAAGAGCAGCUUCAGCCUGCCGAGCACCAACAACCAGGAGCUCAGCACCAUCCAGAUCAGAGAGCGGCCCGUGUCCAACAGCCGCUCCAGCCUGAACGCCAAACUGGAUGAGACGGUGCCCUUGAAGUGCGACGAGGCUUACAUCUCCCCGUCCAUGGUCCGGCUGUCCGCCCCGGUGGCGACCUCGUCGGACGACGCCUCCACCGCCACCACCACGUACUCGCAGAGCAACAUUGUCCGAGUAUCUGCCUUGUAGAUGUCGCACCUGCCUCACCUGAUCAGCCCAAACUGGUCUCGAGAAGCACCAGAUAGAUGCUGAGGAGAGGGACCACCGAGCAUCAACCUGCCAUAACCCAGAGGGAUUAUAAGUUUGACAGCGGUUGGGAUUUUUAUUUAUUUAUUUUUUAUUUUUUAUUUUGAAGUUGUGAUUUCAUCUGAUGUCAAACUCUGCAUGGUGUUUAAAAAAAAAAAAAGAAAACAAAAACACUAAAAAAACGGAACAAAGACAACAACAGUAAAAAACGUUGAGGACCGGAGUUUGAUGUUGAACCAGCAGAUCUUUGCUUCAUUAAGCACAUCAACGCGAGGAGGCGCUUGGAAUGACCGUCAUCGUUGCCUGAGGACAAAAAAAAAAUCAACAACUUUAUUUUUCAAAAUGUGACGUGGAUGUGUUUGUUGUCUCUGAUUCGAAGGCGGGGAAAAGUCUCGAGAUCGUUCUCGACGGCCUCCUGGCGAAUAAAGCACACGUAUUCCUCGCCGUCUUUGUGAAUAUGGACUCACUCUCCACGCUGUUCCAUUUAAAAGCCCUCUUCGAUUAAAACGCUUUCUUACCUCCCCCUCCCCCGUUCACUGUUGUAAAGUCCAAAAAAAAAAACACACAAAAAAAACCGACGCACACCCACUGGAACGCAUCGCCGUUGUGAAUAUUCACGAACUGACUCACGAAACCGGUCGGGGUCGUCGCCUGACGAAUGAAAUCGCACGACUCAUCCCGACGCGUGUGCGAGUGAAGGUUGAACGACCAAAUCUGUGUUAGCUUCCAUAUUAGCCAUCCUGGGUCAGCGUGAAAGCCGCCUGUCGGUAGUUACCAGUUAUCGAUAACCAUACAGGGUAUACAUUAGCUAGGGCACAAGUGAAUAAGUGAACGUUUUCGGCAGCACUUAACUAACCUUGAUGUGGACACGUACGAGAUGCUAGCACCGGCCUGCUAAACCGUAGGAAAGGACAUCGACUGACUUCCUCACAGCGACUCGGUUGACUCCAUUGUGUCAAAGCACCAUUUUGUAUAUUUUUCAUACUGUAAAUAUUUCUCAGUUAGGACUUUAUCAAAUGCAUCUGAAAGUUGGCUCCUCUAAGUUMUAGGUUUAGUUUGAACAGUUGUUGGCAAAAAAAAAA